CCAGUGUACACAUAACACUCGUGCUUGCUGGCCAUUUCUUGUGGCUGCACAAAGAUAGCUGGCUUGAAAGGCAACUUGCGCAAAUUAGUGCAAUUAAGCGUAUAAUUAUUCCACUUAAGUAGUGUUUUUUCUUCAUCCACGAAAUUUGUGUUUUGGAAAGAGUCCAAACUUAGCCGCCGAAGCAUUCCCAACGUCUCAAGGUUCCACACGGAGCGCUCGUGUUCGAAUCUAGUGAAGCGCCUAUCGCAGGCUGUUAUCAGCUUGUGGUUAGAUUAUAGGGAGAGAAAAAAUAGAAAAGAUAUCGUGAAGAUUAGUGCUGAAUUAAGGCGAAAAUGUCAUGCUGUCACAGACGGUAGCAACCUGAGCUCUCCGCACACAUCACAAGUCGGCGCGAACACACAGCAGAGUUGGCGGCAGGCGCAACGGUUUAAGUGAAAAUAAACGCGCUUCUCAGUCGGUCGUUUCUUGCUGAAGGGUACAGUCGUGUGGGUCGUAGGAGGUUUCCGGGAAUAUACCUGUGAGAGGUGAUCGGCAAAGAGUAUCGACAAAUUAUCUAGCGAUUUCACGGUGUCAAUUUGUAACGCGUUCUGAUUUCGUGCAGUGCUGGCGACUGUUUGCGUAGCUUAUCACCAUCAUUCGUCUACCAAGAGUACUAUCUAUUUCCGGGGAAAUACGUAACAAGUUUUUUUUCGCAUUACUCAAAUGGAAAGUACUUUCAACUCGUCGAUCGACGUACAAAAAAAACUGUUGCCCUCGAAACUGUUAUUGGUAGUAUUGGUUGAAACCAGUGAAGAUCAAAACAACAAAGCGAACCAUUCACAUAGUUUGCGUGUGAUCCUCCCUACUGGUAGUGCUUGUAUCCAACAGUGGUGAAUGAAGCAUUCAAGAAGGAGCGAAAGAGACAACAGCAAUAAUAAAUCCUCAAAAUAUAGUGAAGCAGAAAAGGAAUACGACAGACGGCGGAACGGCGGUAGCUCGAAAGAAACUUGGCCGAAGUGAACCUUGAAAGAGAAACGGGCAUAGGUUUCUUUGCUUUCGUUGAGUGAAAUUAUUACAAUAAUAACUAUCGCAUACCACGCCGUGAAUCGUUGGGUACCCAGCCGAUAACGAAAAAAAAUAUUCUAAAGUUAUAAGAAGUCCAGGUGUGAGCAAGCAUGUUGAAAAACAAAGCAGCUGACGAGAAGGUGGACACCCUGCUGUCCACCAGCCAAAUACCGAUCAUUGAUUUGGCCCACUGCGGUACCGAGGAGUGUCCAAUUCGUUCAGUCGUGAAUCGCGUGGGUGGACAACUGUUCAAAGCGCUUACAAGCAAAGGUGUUGCGAUGCUGGUGAAUCAUGGAAUUUCGGAAGAGAAGAUCAAAAUGGCCUACAAUCACCUGGACGAUUUCUGCAAGUUAUCAGACGACACAAAGGAAAUGUACCUACGGAGAGAUGGAAACCACGGCUACGUCAAGCCCGGUCAGGAACAGUUCGAUGGUAAAUUUAAAGACAUUCGCCACACGUUUAACAUCUGUACCCUGAAGCCGGAAGCAGCACUGCCGGAAGAGCCACUGCCUGGCUUCCGGGAGCACAUAUCCGAUCUGGCGCAGGAUUUUCAGCGGUUAUCAUCCCUCCUACUGCAGGCCCUAGCCGUUGGCCUGGAACAGCCAUACAAGUACUUCCUGGAGAAGCAUACUCACAUCCUAGACGGGGAAAGUGAGAACCAAUCCACAUUCCGCCUGCUGUACUACCCGCCACUCAUCGAGGAUGACGGAAAAAACGAGCUGCUUCGAGGUACGUGCAAGUACAGUCAGCAGCGCUGCACGCGGGACGAAAUCGACCUCUCUCUGCCGGAGGAUUACCGGAUCAAGCUGGCGGAAGAGGCGGAAGAGCUUGCGACACAGUAUACUCGGUGUGGGGCGCAUUGUGACUACGGAACGUUCACCCUACUGGUGCAGGACUGUGAGGGAGGUCUGGAAGUGAAGCUACCCGGAUCGGAUAAGUGGAAGCGCGUUGGUCAUUUGCCUGGUGCGAUCCUCAUAAAUGCCGGUGAACUGCUGUCGACGUGGACCAACGAAAGAAUCAGUGCGCUGCCUCACCGAGUUGUGAUACCAGAGGAAGAGGCGCUCAAAAGCCGUGGUAGACAUUCGAUAGCUUUCUUCAUCCAUCCAGACAAUUGCACCGAUAUCGAGCCGAUUGAAAUCCCCACCUCAAGUUCCUCCAACUCGCUCGACUCGAUGGAUAAGAAAGUGAAGAACAGGAAAAAGUCCUUCAAAACGGCAAAAACGAAGAUCUACAAUGCCUAUCAGCAUGUGCAACGUCGCUUCAAAGAAACGUACGCUUCCUAACGGGAGCCGGAAAAACUGGGAGAGUUGUCUGGAGCCGUCAUUUUUUUCUUCAUUUUAGCAAACAUAAGGAAAAAAAGCUUAAAAUUAGUUGAAAAUUACUUACUCAUGGCUGUAACCUUACCAGCUUAUCGGCCCAGUCUAUGGUUGUGAACAUGUGUAGCGAAUGGGGUUAUAUACUUACAACUCAUCAAUCAAACGGAUGCUGAAAUGAACGGCGUCAUUCUUUCGUCACACUGUUUCUUUUCCCCGCAACAAUUUUGGAUGUUUCAGAACAUUGAUCCGCUAGUGAGGUUAUGUGGCCACUAUUUAUUGUUUAUCUAUCAACGAAGGUACAGCAAACAAUGAUCCCGAAACAGCAGCUAUUAUCAUUAUCCGCCUCAUUAGCCGAAAAACACAACAGAGGUUGAUUCAAAUGUCGUCGCUUACAUGAUGUUGUCCACUCAUCGUCAGAUAUGCAUUACGAAUGUGAUUCCAAUGGGUCUUCGUAAACCGUGCAAAAUAAGUGUGUUUGUCAUCGGGCUGCAGCGGACGUGUUGCAAUUAGCGUUAGAGAAGUGGUACUUGAAGGACGAAACGCUUGUUGAGAUGUAAUCAUCUCGAUGUAAUUCAGUUGAAGUUUCGCUUGUCAAGUGUACAGAGAUUUCCUUGUAUACAGAUGUGGUAACAAUGACAAACAAAGAAUGAUUAAACUAAAAUGCAACGUGAUAUCUUGAAUGAAAAUGUAAAAACUACAUUUUAGGAGAAUAAAUUUUUGAUUUUAUGUUUUUGAGCCUCAA